UACCACCGCUCGCACCACACCCGCUCUACUGCCCGCCCACACCACCACACGCGUCGACAGCGGCCGCCCCACACACACACAGCUCACAUGUCUGAAGCACCCAGCAGGCCUGCGCGAGGCAGGACGACAGCCCGCGGCGGCGGCCGAGGAGGAGGCUACGGCUCGCGAGGCGCGCGGAACACCAACGGCGACGGCGCGUCCAAGACGGACACAUCGGCGGAGCAGGGCGAGCUGGCCGAGCUGAAGAAGCGCUACUCGUCGCAAUUGACCACACUGAAGGAGCUGUUCCCCGACUGGUCUGACGCCGAUCUGGUGCUUGCCAUCGAGGAGGCCGACGGCGACCUGGAGCGGACCAUCGAGCGCAUCAGCGAGGGCGCCGUGUCGCAGUUCAGCGAAGUCCCCAAGAAGGCCAAGGACCGAUCGCGCUCCAAAGCAACAAAGGAGAACCUCGCCCCCACAGACCUGUCCGCCGCCCGCGGCAUACGCGGCGACGCCCCCCGACGCGGCCUGGACAGCAGCCGUGGUCGCGGCCGCGGCACCGACCGAGGCCGUGGUGGCCUGCGCGGCGGACGUGCAGGCGCGACCCAAGCACCCCGCACUGCAUCGACAUCGGUGCCCACGAACGAGUCUCCGGCCUGGGACACGCCCGCCGCCGAGCCUGGCGCUUGGGACGCGAAGCCGACGCCCGACGCCGCGGCCGGUGCCUGGGGCGCGAAGCCAGACACGCCUGCCGAGGCGCAGAAGGACGCAGUGCCGGGCACCGUGUCCGAGGUGCUGCACGACCCGAAAGAGGCCAUCAAGCACCCGGUCACCGCUGCGAAGAAGACGUGGGCCAGCAUGUUCGCGAAGCCCGCAGAGCCUACCCCGCCCAAGCCUGCACCCAAGGCUGCUGAGCCGCCCAAAGAGCCCGCGCCCGCGCCCGCCGAGCCACCUGCUGCCCCCGUCGCACAGGAUGCUGCCGUCCCCGCCGACACCCCGCCCAGCCCCCCGCCCGUAGACGACGUCGAAGAGCCGACCAUCAUCGCCGACGACACCACCGCCGCCCCCGAGAAGCCCGCCGAGCCUGUCGCCGAGGCUACCAUCACACCGUCCAAGGACGAGCUCACGAAGGAGAAUGUCGAACACCUGCCAGACGUGUCGCACCCGCCGCCCACAGAGACUGCCUUCAGCACCGUCGCGAGCUCCAAGGACGUUGGAAGCGCCGUAGCCACCCCACUAAGCACAUCGGGCCAGGCCCCCAUCGGCCGUCCCGCGGUUGGAGGAUUCGCCACAACCGCCCUCAAGGCAACCGCAGGAACACCGAACCGCAGUGCCAGCUUCCAGCGGAGGCUUCAGGAGCAACAGGAGGCCGUCGUCAUGCCUGGAAACCACGCUGUGGACAGGGCCGCCGUGCAGUUCGGCAGCCUGGGUCUCGGUGGCGAGGAGGACGUCGAUGAGGACAGGGAGGAGGCAGAGACCAGGACUCAGCCCCCACAGCACUCACCAGUCGCGCAGCCCAGGGCCUCGCUGCCCCCUGCGCCCCGCCAGGCUCCUAACGUCGAGCAAUCAGAGCCCGAGCAAGCUGUUCCUACACCGAAGCCGGCCCCAGGCCUGCCUCCCGUGCCUCAACAGCAGCAACAACAGCAACAGCAGCAGCAGCCGCAGCCGUUGUCUCAGCAAUCGCCGUCCAAUCCUCUUGCGUCGCAGGCGAUGCAGAACCAGGGCUCGCAAUCUAGCCAGCCCUACAACCAGUUCGGCCGCUACAACCAGCAGUCCGAGUCCGCUGCGGCGCCUUCCCAGAAGCCGUACGACCCAUUCGGCCAGCAGAUCCCGUCUUCGUCGAACCAGUACGACUACCCCGGUCAGCAAAGCCAGGCCCAGUCACAGCCCGGCGCGUUCUCUUCUGCGCCCGACAACUACUCUUCACACUACCUUACCUCGGAGCAACAGCGAAAUGCGUACCAGCAGUACUACCAGAACUACGGCCAGCAGACGCCCAGCCAGCAGGAGGCCGGCUCUGCUCAGCAGCGUACCGGUAGCGGCUUCGGCUCCGGGCCCCAGGACUCCUUCUCUCAGGGUCAGCAAACUCGUUACGGAGAAGCGUCCAACAGCGGACACAACACCCCCAACCCUGGUGCCGCCAGCCAGCUUCCCUCCGGUCCCGCUUCGCAGGGCCAACACCAGGGCCACAGUCAGCAGUCGCAGCACGGCGGCUACCCGUACAACCACCCAUACUACGGCAGCCCCUACUACGCCAACUACAUGAACCAGUUCGGAGGCUACGGCCAGCAGCAGGGCUACGGCAGCUUCGGCAAGGGCAUGUACGGUCAGCCCCACCACUAUGGAAUGUCUCCUCAGGCUUCCUACGACCAGCACUCCUCCUCCCCGGCUAAUGCUGGAGGCUUCGGCGCUUCUUCCAACGAACGCGGAAGUGGCUUUGGCGGUCUCGGCGACUACGGCCGUUCGGCUUCCGGCAUGGGCCAGAACCACAGCGCCACAUCUGGCUCUGCUGGAUUUGGAGGUCUCCCUGAUGCAUUCAGCCGACCUGGCUACGCAGGUCAGGGCUCAUACGGUCAGCAGCAGAGCGGCCAACAGGCCGGUGACGACUCAUUGAAGGGCUUUGGUGACUCCAAGAGCACUGGUCCCAGCCAGUCCGCACUGGGAGCUCAGCAAGGCCGUCCUGGAUCCGCCACUCAGGGCACCCCUAGCCAGAGCGCACAGGGCCUGCACCAGCAGCAGUCUCACCAGCAGGGCUUCGGCGGAUAUCCCAGCCACCUGGGCGGAAACAGCCAGUACGGUGGACUCGGUGGACUUGGUCACCAGCAAGGCGGUAACCAGCAGAGCGGCUACGGCAACUACGGUGGUUUCGGCGGCGGCUACGGCGGCGGAAACUACAACAGCCGUGGUGGCUGGGGUACCAACUAUGGCCAGCACUAGGUGGCCUGCCGUACCGGCUUACUUGAUCGUCUCUUGGCAACUGGGUGCCUGGAGGGAGACCGUUGGAGAUUCUAGGUGCGGCUCCAUGUCACCUGUCUCAAGAUCAAGU